AGUCUUAUCUUCCUCUAUUCUUCCUGGAACUUCGGUGAAGGGCAGACGGGCGCUGCUCUGGUUCCAGCUUGCUGCGUGACGAGGCUGUGGCCACUGGCAACGACAAGAUGCAGCCAUAUACGGUGGUGCAAUUCUUGGUGGCUCUUCUCUUGUCCUCUGGUAGUACAUGGGGCAACAAGACUCAGGGAGCACUAUUGAAGCCCCUUAACGAAAAGACGACGUCUCCACCUCGCCUUCCCCUAAACACCGUCUCCAGGCCUGCAGAGGGGAUGGGAAGGCCUCUGCUGCGCCCUCACAAUGCCACCUCACGAUCCAGCCCGUCCCCAAUCAUUCUGCCAGACGGCAGCGGAAGUUACACGUCUGGAAGCGGUUCCGCAGGAAGCAUCAGUAGCAGCAGCACUAACAGUAACAGCGGUAUGCUUAGUAUUUAUAAUAAUAAUCAAGUCGAGUCGCAGGCUACAAAAAGACCGUUGAAUGGAGGAAACACAAGACCUUCCAGACCCGCCAGCUCGUCUCUCAAACCUGUCAACUCUCCUUCCAGAACAACAAAACCUCCUUCUAAGACUGCUAAACCUCCUUCCAGACCCUCCAAUUUUUCCCUCAAGCCUGUAAACUCACCUAAACCCGCCAUCUCGCCUUCUAGUCCCACUCGUUUACCCUCCAAAUCAGUAACCGCAUCUUCCAGACCUUCUAAUUCCCCUUCCUGGCCAGAAAACACACCUCACAAACAAUCAAGUGCCUCCAGCUCGCCGUCCAAACCAGGAAACGUACCAUACAAACCUUCCAGACCCCCCAACUCCUCUCCAAAGCCAGCAAAUAAACCUUACAAGCCCUUCAGACCUUCUAAUUCGCCUUCACAGUCCUCCAGGCCCGCCAGCCGCCCAUCACGCCCGGCUGGCCCAACUUUCGGAUCGGCUAGCCAACCCAAUCGCCAGGGCACUUCUUCAUCCCGCCUCCCUCCUGGCCUCGCUCCCCCUUUCCUGCAGACCGUAGCGACUCCUGCUCCUGUAACCUCCCCGGCUAAGGCCAUCACUGUGAACCUUAAUUUGGGUGGGUUCGGUCUUGGCGGCAGUAAAGACAAGACCUCCACGGCGCACCAACCCACAGACCACAAGGACCAAAGUGUUGCUACGGUGAACGGACGUACCAGUCCUGUCCUCCUGUUCCUCUUGUCGACGACGGUUGUGAUGGCCUUCUGUUGAUAAUGAUUUUAAUAAACCCGCUUUUAUAGUCUGGUACUUCUCCUGUCAGUGCUGCCCGACAAACCACUACCAUGUACUGUACCUGUGUGUGUGUGUGUGUGUGUGUGUGUGUCUGUGUUGAAUACGUGGGGCCGGAAUGGCAAAGUGUUCUUGUACCCAUGUGGCAGAUGCAUGAUAGUCGUUCAUGUAUGCUUACUUUCAUGUUUGUAAUUGCCUAUAAAAUUGUGAACUUUUUGUA